AAAAUAGGCAUGAAAAACAGAGACGGUGGGGUUUGAUUUAUCUUGGAGGAGGUUAAAAAGUUGGCACAACGUCAUGAGUUUCUACAUUUUGUAUAUUUGUACCUGGGCUCUUCGCCGGCACUGCCUGUCGUCAUCACGCAUGCGCAACGGUUCCAUCGCUAGCUGGAUGCGGCGGGGUUCGCUCCCCCCUCGCAGCAGGUGCUUUACCUCAAUCACACAGCCAGGGCGGCAGCAUAGCUGGAGGCCAGCGCCUUCUCACCAAUCAGGCAGCGGCGUUGGUGCCGCCUACCUUCGCAAGGCCAGGGCGGCAACGUUCGCAUGCGCCUUCCUCCCUCAGAGUGCGGUGGCAGAUCGCGGGCGAGUCCUGCCGCCUUCCCAUCCGCCAGAGCAGCAGCAUUGUAGACAUGUUUCUAACCAAUCAGGUGGCAGCAUUGCGGACUACUAACUACGGAUAGGGCUUCAGCGUUUUGGGCCCUCUCGCAUCUUCACCAAUCAGGCAGUGGUGUUACAGCCGCAGCUCGACUUCCGACCAAUCAAACGGUGGCAUUGGUGACACCUUGCCACCAAUCAGGUGGCAGUGUCGCAGCCACUUUUUGUCCAAUCGCGCAGAGGCAUUGGUUGCGCUCGUUUACCAAUCAGGUGAGGGCGCAUUGGAGGCUCCUUUCCCUCUCUCCGCAACAGACAGCAGCAUUGAGAAUGCUUUCCCUCUAAACUGACGGCAGCAUCGCAGGUGUUUAUCGCUUCCUACCGCCAGGGCGGCAGCAUCGUGGGCGCCUUCCUACCGCCAGGGCGGCUGCGUCGUUGGCGCCUUCCUGCCGCCAGGGCGGCAGCAUUGCAGGCGCAUUCCCACUGCUUCGCUGGGACUUUUCCACCGCCUCUCCAAGCCACCAGAGCGGCAGCGUCGAGGGCGACCUGCUCCCCGCCAGCCCCGCCCCCCCUUCCCUCUGAGCCCCGGCUCCGCGCGCCCGGUGUUGGAGCGAGCCCGAGGCUGCUGUCAUCCGGGCACUGCGGCGGGAACAUGGCCGACGUUGUUCAGAACUAGUUUUCAGAAACAGACAGAAAAAUGAAAGUCGAUAGAACAAAGUUGAAGAAAACGCCAACUGAAGCGCCUGCUGAUUGCCGAGCUCUUAUCGAUAAGCUAAAGGCCUGCAAUGAUGAACAGCUCCAGACAGAACUUCAGCAGAUCAAGACAUGGAAUAUUGGAAAGUGCGAGCUGUACCACUGGGUGGACAUGCUGGAUCGGUUCGAUGGGAUUUUGGCGGACGCCGGGCAGACGGUGGAAACCAUGUCCUGGAUGCUAGUGUGUGACAGGCCAGAAAACGAGCAGCUCAAAGCACUUCUCCUGGCGGUCCUAAACUUCACGGCCCUGCUCAUCGAGUAUAGCUUUUCAAGGCAUUUGUACAGUUCCAUCGAACACUUGACGACGUUAUUAGCAUCAUGUGACAUGCAGGUGGUGCUGGCUGUAUUAAAUCUGCUGUAUGUAUUCAGCAAGAGAUCAAAUUAUAUCACUCGACUUGGAUCUGAUAAGAGGACUCCUUUGUUGUCGAGGCUGCAGCACUUAGCAGAGAGUUGGGGUGGCAAGGAGAAUGGUUUUGGACUUGCAGAAUGCUGCCGUGACCUGCAGAUGUCGAAAUACCCACCUAGUGCAACAACACUACACUUUGAGUUCUAUGCAGAGCCAAGUGCGGAGGUGAAGUUGGACAAAAAGGUCACGACAAACAACACACUACAUUACAUUCACAUAGAGCAGUUAGAUAAGAUAUCUGAAAGCCCGUCUGAAAUUAUGGAGUCUUUAACCAAAAUGUACAGUAUUCCAAAGGAUAAGCAGAUGCUACUGUUUACACACAUACGGCUAGCCCACGGCUUCUCGAAUCAUAAGAAGAGACUUCAAGCAGUGCAAGCUCGGUUGCAUGCGAUCUCUAUAUUAGUUUACUCUAAUGCGCUCCAAGAGUCAGCCAACAGUAUAUUGUACAAUGGUUUGAUAGAGGAGCUGGUUGAUGUGCUACAGAUCCCUGACAAACAGCUAAUGGAUAUCAAAGCUGCUUCCUUGCGGACGUUGACAUCUAUUGUCCAUUUGGAGCGGACUCCCAAGCUGAGCAGCAUUAUAGACUGCACGGGGACUGCGUCAUACCACGGUUUUCUGCCUGUGCUGGUGAGAAACUGCAUACAGGCCAUGAUCGAUCCGUCUAUGGAGCCGUAUCCUCAUCAGUUUGCCACGGCAUUGUUCUCGUUUCUCUACCACCUGGCCAGCUAUGACGCAGGUGGCGAGGCCUUGGUCUCCUGUGGCAUGAUGGAAGCUCUACUCAAGGUGAUCAAGUACCUCGGGGAUGAGCAGGAUCAGAUCACCUUUGUGACUAGGGCUGUCCGUGUGGUGGACCUUAUCACCAACCUGGACAUGGCUGCUUUCCAGUCGCACAGUGGCCUGGCUGUGUUCAUCAAUCGAUUAGAGCAUGAAGUGGAUAUCUGCAGAAAGGAAUGUCCUUUCGUCAUCAAGCCAAAGAUUCAGCGGUCAAGCACGGCUCAGGAGGGAGAGGACAUGGAGACAGAUUCUGAAGUUUCAGAUAUCGUUAUGGAGAGCAGUCCAGGUCCCUCAACGUCAACCACUGAGGUCCGGCCAGAAGGAGAGUCGCGGGGGCCAAAUACUGUCAUGAGUUACCCACCGAGAACGGGGGUCCAGUGCAUUCCCCAGCGUGCGGCUCUGUUGAAAUCCAUGCUAAACUUCUUGAAGAAGGCCAUUCAGGAUCCAGCCUUCUCAGACAGCAUCCGACACGUAAUGGAUGGUUCCCUGCCUACCUCACUCAAGCACAUUAUCAGCAAUGCAGAGUAUUAUGGGCCAUCGCUCUUCCUGCUUGCCACAGAAGUGGUGACGGUGUUUGUUUUCCAAGAGCCUUCGCUGUUGUCCUCACUCCAGGAUAAUGGACUGACAGAUGUCAUGCUCCACGCUCUGCUGAUAAAAGAUGUGCCUGCAACCCGUGAAGUUCUGGGUUCCCUGCCAAACGUUUUCAGCGCGCUGUGCCUGAAUGCUCGUGGGCUGCAGUCCUUCGUGCAAUGCCAGCCCUUCGAGCGACUCUUCAAGGUGCUCCUGUCCCCUGAUUACCUGCCUGCGAUGAGGAGACGCCGAAGUUCAGAUCCCCUAGGUGAUACGGCAUCCAACCUUGGCAGUGCCGUGGAUGAACUGAUGAGACACCAACCAACUCUGAAGACUGACGCCACGACAGCGAUCAUAAAGCUGCUGGAAGAAAUCUGCAACCUGGGAAGAGACCCCAAGUACAUCUGCCAGAAGCCCUCCAUCCAGAAGGCAGACGGGACUGCGAGCGCUCCGCCCCCCAGGUCCAACCACGCUGCUGAGGAGGCUUCCAGUGAAGACGAGGAGGAGGAGGAAGUACAGGCCAUGCAGAGCUUCAGCAGCAGCAUGGCGGCUCAACAGAGCGACCCUGAGCCCAGCCAGCAGGUGGUCGGGACAGAGGAGAGGAUACCCAUUCCACUCAUGGACUACAUUCUGAAUGUGAUGAAGUUUGUCGAAUCUAUCCUGAGCAACAACACAACGGACGAUCAUUGCCAGGAGUUUGUGACCCAGAAGGGGCUACAGCCUCUGGUCUGCAUCUUGGGGCUCCCAAACCUCCCCAUCGACUUCCCCACUUCUGCUGCCUGUCAGGCCGUGGCUGGUGUUUGCAAGUCUAUUCUGACACUGUCACAUGAGCUGAAGGUGCUGCAGGAAGGCCUCAUCCAGCUGGACACCAUCCUGUCGUCGUUGGAGCCCCUGCAUCGUCCCAUCGAUACCCCGGGUGGCUCCGUGCUGCUGCGGGAGCUGGCAAAUGCAGGAAACGUGGCCGACGCAACCCUCUCUGCUCAGGCUACGCCUCUGCUGCAUUCCCUCACCGCUGCCCAUGCCUACAUCAUGAUGUUCGUGCACACCUGCCGGGUGGGACAGAGUGAAAUCCGUUCAAUAUCUGUGAACCAGUGGGGCUCGCAGUUGGGUCUGAACGUCCUGAACAAGCUCAGCCAACUUUACUGCUCGCUGGUGUGGGAAAGCACCGUGCUUCUGUCCCUCUGCACCCCCAACAGUCUACCAGCAGGUUGCGAGUUUGGUCAGGCUGACAUGCAGAAGUUGGUGCCAAAGGAGGAGAAACCUGCUGCUACUGCCGCGCCGGGUUCCGCAGCCGGAGGGAAGAGACCAGAAGCUGAGAUGGAGGCGACAGGUAGCGGUGUGGAGACGUCAGCGCAGGGCCUGCUGGAGGGGAUAAGCCUGGAUGGGGACACCCUAGCCCCGAUGGAAACUGACGAGCCCAGCACGUCCGAUGCCAAGGGCAAGUCCAAGAUCACCCCAGCCAUGGCUGCACGGAUUAAGCAGAUCAAGCCUUUGCUCUCAGCAUCCUCGAGGCUCGGCAGGGCUCUGGCUGAGCUCUUUGGCUUGUUGGUGAAGCUGUGCGUCGGAUCACCCGUGCGGCAGAGACGGAGUCAUCACCCUGCCAGCACGACGACAGCGCCCACACCCGCAGCACGGGGGACUGCGUCUGCUCUCACUAAGCUGCUAACAAAAGGAUUGUCGUGGCAGCCACCACCUUACACGCCAACUCCUCGAUUCAGGCUGACCUUCUUCAUUUGCUCAGUGGGAUUCACCUCACCCAUGCUGUUCGAUGAGAGGAAGUACCCCUAUCAUUUGAUGCUGCAGAAGUUCCUGUGCUCUGGAGGACAUGAUGCCCUAUUUGAGACCUUUAAUUGGGCCUUGUCCAUGGGGGGUAAAGUGCCAGUCACUGAAGGCCUGGAGCAUACGGAUCUGCCGGACGGCACGGGCGAGUUCCUUGAUGCCUGGCUGAUGCUUGUGGAGAAGAUGGUGAAUCCAACAACUGUCCUGGAGUCCCCCCACUCCCUGCCUGCCAAACCUCCUGGAGGCCAGAACUUCCCACAGUUCAGCGCACUGAGGUUCCUGGUGGUUACCCAGAAGGCAGCCUUUAACUGCAUCAAGAACUUGUGGGACCGAAAACCUCUGAAGGUGUAUGGCGGCCGCAUGGCUGAGUCAAUGCUGGCCAUCUUGUGCCACAUCCUGAGGGGCGAGCCAGUCAUCCGCGAACGGCUCUCCAAGGAGAAGGAAGGGAGCCGGACAGAGGAGGAGGGUCCCCAGGAGGAGGGGUCGGCGCCGAGGCGGGAGCCCCAAGUCAACCAACAACAGCUUCAACAGCUGAUGGACAUGGGCUUCACACGGGAGCAUGCCAUGGAGGCCCUGCUGAACACCAGCAGCAUGGAGCAGGCGACAGAGUACCUGCUGACACACCCUCCCCCACUCCUGAGUGGCACCGUCCGCGUGAGGGAGCUCAGCAUGUCUGAGGAGGACCAGAUGAUGAGGGCAAUAGCCAUGUCACUGGGUCAGGAUAUUCCAAUGGACCAGAGUACAGAAUCACCAGAGGAAGCAGCCCGUCGCAAGGAGGAGGAAGAGCGCAAGGCCCGUGAGAAGCAAGAGGAGGAGGAAGUGAAGAGCCUGGAGCGGUACCAGGAUGCCGAGCCCCUGGAGCCCGAUGAGCUCAAUGUGUUCACGGAGAAGAUGCUGCCUGGCUGCUUCCACCUGCUGGAUGAGCUGCCGGACACAGUGUACCGCGUCUGUGAUCUGAUCAUGACCGCCGUCAAGCGCAAUGGAGCGGACUACAGGGACCUGAUCCUGAAGCAGGUUGUGGAGCAGGUAUGGGAAGCUGCCAAUGUCCUCAUCAAAGCAGCACUGCCCCUGACCACGAGCGACACAAAGACUGUGGCGGAAUGGACGAGCCAAAUGGCCACGCUGCCGCAAGCAUCCAACCUUGCCACCAGGAUCCUGCUGCUCACGCUGCUGUUUGAGGAACUCAAGCUGACCUGUGCCAGGAUUGUGGAGACGAGCGGUAUACUGGAUGUCUUGAUUAAGUUGCUGGAGGUGGCCCAACCGUGCCUUCAGGCUGCCAAGGAACAGAAGGAGGUGCACACACCCAAGUGGAUAACUCCUGUUCUGCUGCUGAUAGACUUCUAUGAGAAGAUGUCAGUGUCCUCAAAGAGGAGAGCACAGAUGAACAAGUUCCUACAGCCAACGGGAAAUAACUGGCGCUGGUUCGAUGAUCGGUCGGGGCGGUGGUGCAGUUACAGUGCCAGCAACAACAGCACCAUCGACGCGGCGUGGAGGAUGGGGGAGACCAGUGUGAGGUUCACGGCCGGCCGGCGGCGCUACACUGUACAGUUCAACACCAUGGUGCAGGUGAAUGAAGAGACAGGAAACAGGCGGCCGGUGAUGUUGACUCUGCAACGGCUGACAAGGAAGGAGGCCAACUCCAAGACAAGCAGCUCACAGUUUGUCCAGGACCUGGAGAAGACCCUGGAAGAGGGGAAAGAACCCGAGCCCAAACCCACUGAAGAGAAAACCUCUGAUCCGGAACCUCCCCCACCCGAGCCCACAACGGAGAAGGAGCCGAGGGAAGAGGUGAAGGCUAAUGACAUCGUCAUCCAGGGACUGACCGAGGAGCAGAUGACGGUGCUGAUUCGCUCGUGCGUCAGCAUGAUCAGCGUUCCAGUGGACCCCGACACGCUGCACGCCACCCUGCGCCUCUGCCUGCGGCUAACCCGUGAGCACAAGUGUGCCCUGAUGUUUGCUGAGCUGGGCAGCACCCGCAUGAUCCUGAGCCUGACACAGGGCUCCGGCUUCAAUGGUUUCACACCACUCGUCACCCUGCUCUUCCGGCAUGUCAUUGAGGACCCCUGCACGCUCAAGCACACCAUGGAGAAGGUGGUACGCUCAGCUGCCACUAGCGGUGCUGGCAGCACGACCUCCGGCGUGGUGUCAGGGAGCCUGGGCUCCCGGGAGAUCAAUUAUAUCCUGAGGGUCUUGGGCCCAGCUGCCUGCAGGAACCCUGACAUCUUCACUGAGGUGGCAAAGAAUUGCAUAAGGAUAGCCCUUCCCGCUCCGCGAGGAAAUGGAACCGCCUCUGAUGAUGAGUUUGAGAAUUUGCGCAUCAAGGGUCCCAAUGCUGUGCAACUGGUGAAAACCACCCCAGUGAAGCCCUCGCCGCUUCCAACUAUCCCAGACACGAUCAAGGAGGUCAUUUAUGACAUGCUGAAUGCACUAUCAGCUUAUCACGCUCCAGAUGAAGCGGAGAAGGUUGAGGUGAAGCUGGUGAGUGUCAAUCAGGAACUGAGCCAGCUGCUUCAGGACGUUGGUGAUGACAUGUACCAGCAGUAUCGCUCGCUGACUCGGCAGGGCAGUGACUUCGAUUCCCAGCAGAGCUUCACCAUCAACACCCAGGUCUUUGUCGCAGACAGUGCAGCGACUGAUGCCAGCCAGCCUGGUACUUCUCAAGGAGAAGUCUCCACACCGGAGGAGAACCGGGACGGUAAAAAGGACAAGGACGGAGAUAAAGCGUCCGAAGAUGGGAAGCAGAAGGCGAAAGCUACCAAACCCCUCAUGCCGACAUCCACCAUCCUGCGGCUUCUGGCUGAAUUGGUGCGCUCGUACAUCGGCAUUGCCACGCUGAUCGCUGGCUACAACUACACGGCUGGUCAGUCAGAACUCAUCAAAGAGGAUUGUAGUGUCCUGGCCUUCGUCCUGGAUCACCUUCUGCCCCAGACCCAGAACGUGGGGGACAAGGACACCCCAGCGCUGGCCCGCCUCUUCCUGGCCAGCCUGGCAGCAGCGACACAAAGCACAGAGGCUCAGGCUGCGCUAGUCAAUGAGGUCAAAGCAGCCCUCAGCAGAGCGCUGGCGAUGGCGGAAAGCACGGAAAAGCAUGCCAGGUUGCAGGCGGUGAUGUGCAUCAUCAGUACCAUCAUGGAGUCCUGCCCGUCCACCUCGAGCUUCUACAGCAGCAAUGCCGUGAAGACGCAACACAACGGUAUGAACAACAUCAUUCGGCUCUUCCUCAAGAAGGGGCUGGUGAAUGACCUGGCUCGAGUUCCGCACAGCCUGGACCUGUCGAGCCCCAACAUGGCAAACACUGUGAAUGCUGCCCUGAAGCCUCUGGAGACACUGUCUCGCAUCGUCAACCAGCCAAGCAGUCUCUUUGGCAGCAAGAAUGCCUCGAGUAAGAACAAAUCCGAGCAGGAUACGAACAUCAGCAGCAGCGAUGCUAAUGGCAAUCAGCCAGAAGCCGGUGAGACAGGAGAGACCGAAGCGCAUGAAGAUCACGCCCCCACUGGAGUAGGCGACAAUGAUAUCAUGGAUGGGGAGCCCGAAGCGGACACAGUGGUGAUCACUGGGCAGUCCGAAGUUCUGAACGCCCAGGAGAUGCAGGUUGAGAACGAGCUGGAAGAUCUCAUUGACGAAUUGUUGGAGAGGGACGUGGACACUGUGAGCAGCACCAUCAUCGCUUGCAGAAGUACUGAGGAUGAGUCCCAGGAGGAUGUGUUGAUGGAUGAGGCUCCCUCAAAUCUCAGUCAGGCGCCCACCCUGCAGGCUAACCGAGAAGAUUCCAUGAAUAUCCUGGACCCUGAUGACGAGGAGCACACACAGGAGGAGGACAGCAGCGGGAGCAAUGAAGAUGACGAUGACAGCCAGGAUGAGGAUGAGGAAGAGGAGGAAGACGAAGAUGACCAGGAUGAUGAGGAAGGGGAGGAGGAGGAGGGUGACGAGGACGAUGAGGAUGAAGAAGGUUCAGAAAUGGAGCUGGAUGAAGACUACCCGGACAUUGACGAGUCGCUCGUCCGCUUCGACCGCGAGGACGACCUAAUCAUCGAGUUUGACAACAUGUUUUCUACAGCAGCUGACAUCCCCCCUGCCCCCGGCAACAUCCCCGCCACACACCCGCUCAUGGUUCGGCACGCCGAUCACAGCGCCCUGACCCUGGGCACCGGCUCGUCCACCACGCGGCUGACACAAGGUAUUGGGCGCAGCCAACGGGCCAUCCGGCCAUUCACAGCCACCAACACAGGCCACACGAUCCACGUGCACUACCCCGGCAACAGGCAGCCCAACCCUCCGCUCAUCCUGCAGAGGUUGCUUGGGCCCUCAGCAGCCGCAGACAUCCUCCAGCUGAGCAGCAGCCUGCCCCUUCAGAGCCGCGGCCGUGCCCGCCUGCUGGUGGGCAACGAUGACGUGCACAUCAUCGCCCGUUCAGACGAUGACCUCCUUGAUGACUUCUUCCACGAUCAGACGACUACAACCAGCCAAGCAGGUACGUUAUCCAGCAUCCCAACGGCGCUGACCCGCUGGACUGAAGAGUGCAAAGUACUGGACGCUGAGAGCAUGCAUGACUGCGUGGCGGUCGUGAAGCUGCCCAUCAUCCAGCACUUGGAGUCAUUGCGCGACGAGGAGCUGGAGGAGCGGAGGGAGAAACGCCGGAAACAGCUGGCUGAAGAGGAGGCCAGGAGGGAGGAGAAGGCCAAGGAAGAGAAGGAGAACAAGGAGCAGAAUGCACCACAGGUUACUGGUUCCACUGGAGCUGCCAACUCGUCUGCUCAAGGUGACAAGAAUCAAACAGGCAUGUGCUCCAGCGCUUUGUCAGCCACGAACGAAGCCAUCAGCAACAUCGCUGCCUCGAUCGCGGAAGCCGCACUGGAGGCCAUGAGGACCCACGGCCAGUUAGCAGAUGCGGAGCAGCCCACUGUUGGUUCCACUGGGUUGGAUACCCCUCGCCUGGAGAGCUUCCUUCCCUCUACCGCCUCAAUGGAGGGUGCACCCGCUGACGAGGCGCAGGCUCUGGGUGCGCUGGAGGCGGCUCAGCCCCCUCUCCAGCCUGGCGAGCCUCCAUCAGCACCGCUGCAGCUAGAGCCCACCGAGGAGGUGACGGCACAGUCCCUGAUGCCCGUGGAGCCGGCAGAAGCCGGGCCGGAGAGACCAAGUGGAGAGGCCGAGGCCCUGCAGAUGGAAAUGUCGCCAGCGCCAACCACAGCGUCCCAGUCCCCCGAGAGGGCAGAGAGCUCAGAUGCCCUGGUAACGGUGGGCAGUCAGCUGGAGGGCUCGCCAAUGGACACUAGCAGCCCGGUGUCCGGUAUCUUGGAGGAAGCGGCAGGGGAAGGCCUUGGCCCCGGGGCAGGAGAGCAGGGCAGGACAGCUGCUGAGGAGAGGCGGCCGCCCUCUGAGUCGGCGGCCACGGCACAAGCCCAAGUGGAACCAGCUGCCACUGGAGAACUGAGUGUGUCAUCCUCCGUCACCUCCGUGACCUUGCCAGCCAGAGACAAUGGGCCAGGCACUGGGGUGACUGCGCCCUCCGAUGUGCCACCUUCCUCUAACAGCGAUGAGGAUCCUCUUGCAGGAAUCAGCCUCCCUGAGGGUGUGGAUCCAUCCUUCCUCGCCGCCCUGCCUGAGGACAUCCGCCGUGAGGUGCUGCAGAACCAGCUGGGGAUAAGGCCCCCCAACCGUGCAGCAGCCACCGUCGCGGCCACGGCCGCAGCCGCUGCAGCUGCCGCCGCUGCCACCCUAGUAGGCAACCAGGGUGUCACCGAAGUUAGCCCUGAGUUCCUGGCUGCCCUUCCACCGGCUAUACAAGAGGAGGUCCUGGCGCAGCAGAGGGUGGAGCAGCAGCGGAGGGAGCUCGCGCAGGCGGCCAACCCCGACACCCCUAUGGACCCGGUAACCUUCAUCCAGACCCUGCCUUCUGACCUGCGGCGGAGCGUGCUGGAGGAUAUGGAGGACAGCGUGCUGGCGGUGAUGCCACCCGACAUUGCGGCCGAGGCCCAGGCGCUGCGCCGGGAGCAGGAAGCCCGGCAAAGGCAACUGAUGCACGAGCGCCUGUUCAGCCAUAGCAGCUCUUCGGCGCUGUCUGCCAUCCUACGGAGCACAGGCUUCACCGGUCGCUUGGGUGGAAACAGAGGGGUGCAGUACACGCGCCUGGCCGUGCAGAGGAGCGGAACGUUCCAGUGGGGGAGUGGCACGCACAACAGAGCGUCGAGUAGCAGUAACGUGGAGAGCCUGCUGCGACUGCGGGGCCGCCUCCUGCUCGACCAUGAGGCCCUGUCCUGCCUGCUUGUGCUGCUGUUUGUCGACGAGCCAAAGCUGAACACCAGCCGGCUGCACCGGGUGCUGCGGAACCUGUGCUACCACGCGCAGACGAGGGGCUGGGUCAUCCGCAGCCUCCUCUCCAUCCUGCAGCGCAGCAGUGAGAGCGAGCUCUGCGUUGAGACUCCUCGGCACACCGACGAGAAGGGAAAGCGAGCAGCCAAGGCCGGAACCGGUUCGGCUGCCCAUGAGCCCCGGCCCCUCGACCUCCUGCACAAGAUGGAAGCCAAGACCACCAGCCAGCUGUCCUGGCUGUCUGUCUCCAUGGACGCUGCCCUGGGCUGCCGCACCAACAUCUUCCAGAUCCAGCGGUCAGGCGGCCGCAAGCACUCAGAGAGGCACGUCGGCUGCGGAUCGACCGUUCACAUCCACCCACAGGCUGCUCCUGUGGUCUGCCGCCACGUGCUCGACACCCUGAUACAGCUGGCAAAGGUGUUCCCAAGCCACUUCACGCAGCAGAAGGCCAAAGAGACGAGUAUCGAAACGGACAAGGAGAAGCUGAGCAAGCAGCCUGUGACCAGCCCGUGCCUCGGCCAACCGGCAGGUGGAGGUGGAGGAGGAGGAGGGGGCAGCACUGGUGGUACCAACGCAGGCAUUUCCACGGACUUUUGGGACUUGCUCGUCAAGCUCGACAACAUGAACGUCAGCCGUAAGGGCAAGACGUCGGUCAAGGCCACGCCAGCGUCCACCAGCGAAGGGGAGAGCAGCCAAGGCAGCCUGGAGUCGUCGCCCCUGGGCCAGCUGAUGAACAUGCUUUCGCAUCCCGUCAUCCGCCGUAGCUCGCUGCUGACCGAGAAGCUGCUGAGACUCCUCUCGCUCAUCUCCAUCGCCCUGCCAGACAAGGCGGCCGAGGUGGCGGCCAACCAUGGCGCCGCAGCUGAGGUCACCCUGGCCGGUUCCCUCACCUCAACUCCAAAAGCCACAAAAUCUCCAGCAAAGGCCCCGUCAGAAGGGACGGUGAGUGUCAACGACAGCAAGGUGCAGAAUUCUGGCCUGACGGAGAAACAGCUGCAACUCUCUGUGGAGGUGUUGACCUCCCACUCGUGUUCGGAAGAGGGUCUGGAGGACGCGGCGAACAUUCUGCUUCAGCUGUCCAGAGGGGAGCCAGGGACCCGGGACACUGUCCUAAAGCUGCUGUUGAGUGGAGCUCGUCAGCUGGGAUAUACGCUGUGUCAGCAGAUAGGUACUUUAUUGGCCGAGCUGCGGGAAUACAACCUGGACCAGGAGAGGAGGGCGCAGUCGGACAACCAGUCGCCUGAAGGCACACCAGACGAGCACCCCCAGCUCACCAAGCUGAAAGGCAAGAUGCAGAGCAGGUUUGACACUGCGGAGAACGUGGUCAUCGUGGCCUCCCACAAGCGCCCACUGGGCGGCCGGGAGCUCCAGCUGCCCUCCAUGUCGAUGCUGACGUCCAAGACCUCCACGCAGAAGUUCUUCCUCCGCAUCCUGCAAGUCAUCAUUCAGCUGAGAGAUGCCACCCGCCGGGCACACAAGAAGGCCAAGCAGACGGGAAGACUAGGGACCUCGGCACUGGGCUCUGCGAGCAGCAUCCAGGCCGCCGUGAGGCAGCUGGAGGCAGAGGCUGACGCCAUCAUACAAAUGGUACGUGAGGGCCAACGUGCCAGAAGACAACAGCAAUCAGCCAUGUCCGAGUCGAACCCGGCGGAGGGAGCCUCGCGAAGGGACGAGUCUCCCAUGGACGUGGAUCAGCCGUCACCCGCUGCUCAGGAGUCGCUGUCGUUGGCAGGUUCUGAGGCAAGCCAAGCGGCCGAGAAGAAGGAGGAGGAGGAGAAGCUGCCGGAGUUGCCCCUACUGAGCGAGCAGCUGAGCCUGGACGAGCUGUGGGACAUGCUGGGCGAGUGCCUGAAGGAGCUGGAAGAGUCGCACGACCAGCACGCUGUCUUGGUCCUACAGCCCGCAGUGGAAGCCUUUUUCCUUGUCCAUGCGACCGAGAGGGAAAGCAAGCCCCCCGUGCGCGACACGAGGGAGAGCCAGCUGGCCCACAUCAAGGACGAAGCACCGCCCCUUUCCCCUGCCCCGGUCACCCCAGCCACGCCUUCCUCCCUCGACCCGUUCUUCUCCCGGGAGCCCUCAUCUAUGCACAUCUCCUCCAACCUGCCUCCAGACACUCAGAAGUUCCUCCGCUUUGCAGAAACGCAUCGAACUGUGCUAAACCAGAUCCUGCGGCAGUCCACCACUCACCUGGCAGACGGUCCAUUCGCUGUUCUCGUGGACUACAUUCGGAUACUUGACUUCGAUGUCAAGCGCAAGUAUUUCCGUCAGGAGCUGGAGCGCCUGGACGAGGGGAUCCGCAAGGAGGAUCUGGCGGUCCACGUGAGGAGGGACCACGUCUUCGAGGACUCGUACCGAGAGCUACAUCGGAAGUCCCCGGAGGAAAUGAAGAACAGGCUGUACAUCGUCUUCGAAGGGGAGGAAGGGCAGGACGCAGGGGGCCUGCUGCGCGAGUGGUACAUGAUUAUCUCCCGGGAGAUGUUCAACCCCAUGUACGCCCUGUUUCGCACAUCACCUGGCGACCGCGUCACCUACACCAUCAACCCAUCUUCACACUGCAACCCUAACCACCUCAGCUACUUCAAGUUCGUGGGGCGGAUCGUGGCCAAGGCGGUCUACGACAACCGGCUGCUGGAGUGCUACUUUACCCGUUCCUUCUACAAGCACAUCUUGGGCAAAUCCGUCAGGUAUACAGACAUGGAGAGUGAAGACUAUCACUUUUAUCAAGGGCUGGUGUACCUGCUGGAAAAUGAUGUCUCCACUCUCGGCUAUGAGCUCACCUUCAGUACAGAGGUGCAGGAGUUUGGUGUGUGUGAGGUACGGGAUCUGAAGCCCAACGGGACGCACGUUGUCGUGACGGAAGAGAACAAAAAGGAGUAUGUUCAUCUGGUCUGUCAGAUGAAGAUGACCGGUGCUAUCCGGAAACAGCUGGCUGCCUUCCUGGAGGGCUUCUACGAGAUCAUCCCCAAGCGAUUGAUAUCAAUUUUCACGGAGCAGGAGUUGGAGCUACUCAUCUCUGGUCUACCAACGAUUGACAUCGAUGACUUGAAAGCCAACACUGAAUACCACAAGUACCAGGUUAACUCCAUACAGAUCCAGUGGUUCUGGCGGGCACUACGCUCCUUCGACCAGGCUGACCGUGCCAAGUUCCUGCAGUUUGUCACUGGCACAUCCAAGGUCCCGCUGCAGGGCUUUGCGGCUCUGGAAGGGAUGAACGGGAUACAGAAGUUCCAGAUUCACCGGGACGAUCGCUCGACCGACAGGCUGCCCUCCGCUCACACUUGCUUCAACCAGCUGGACCUUCCAGCCUACGAGAGCUAUGAGAAGCUUCGUCACAUGCUGCUGCUGGCGAUACAAGAGUGUUCCGAAGGAUUUGGUCUUGCCUGAAGCUGUACCAGAAGAAAGGAAGGAGCAAACAGAGAACGAAGAAGAGCAGGCAGUACACAAGGGGAGAUUUUUUUUUGAAAAAAAAAGAAAGAACGCGACUGUACAAUGUGCAUAAUUUGCUCUCCUCAGACUGUCCUGGUAGGCUCGCUUUAAGAGAAACCAACUCGCGUUACAGAGAGGCACCAAAUGUGCUGACUGGAUUACUGGAGUGAGCUUCACAAGAGGGGGGACAAAAAAAAACAUAUUGACUUUGGAAACUUUUUUUCAACUUCCCCGAACACCUCCUCCUCCUCCGCCCCACCCGUUAGGUUGCAUCUCCUUUUGUGUUUGUGCGCGCUUGUGUUGUCUUGACCUGUACAUUGAUGAAAGAGGAACACCUUCUCCUCAACGUGAGAAAUUGUCUCCAGUGUUGCCGAGGCCACUUGUUUCAAUGUCACUCUUCACGACGCUGUUCUUUUUUCCUUUUUGUUAUGUUUCUCUCCGCUGAAUCCAUGCAAAUACUGAGGAUGUAAAUAAAUAUUACAGGAGUUUUGAUCCACAGGUGGCCCCGUUAAUCCAAUCAGCAGCGGACUGGCGACCGGGCGAGAGGUUGGGGGUUAUUUUUGCGAAUCAUGGGAAGGCGGUGGUUUCUGAACUGGAUCCCCAUAUAAUUGGACAGUAACACGCAGACAGGGAACAGCAACAAAAUAAAACAAAAUUAAGAUGGGUUGAGCAACCAGGGAGGGGAACAGAAGGGCAAGGGAAAAGGCUUAAGUUGUAAAAUAUGUGCAGACAUAAAGUCGGUAGACACAUUCAUGCUUUUUUUUUUCAUAUUUAUUCGUUUAGAUUUUUUGGAAAAUUCUGGAGUAAAUAAAAAGCUGGUUUGAUUCACUUAAUUCUACAUUUUGAAUGUUUAAAUGAAAAAAAAGGAGAAAUUGAUUAAGAACAAGAAGCAAAUAAGGGACUUCGAGAUCGGAAAUGGGUUGCAUCUAGAGUCACAAUCUCAUUCGACUUCUGGUCCUUUGCCUGCCUUGAAAUGGCUUCAGGAGUGCGAGCGAGAGAGGAGGGGAGGGGUUCUGUUAUGCCCAGUAGUACUUUGGACAAAGGAAAAAAAUUAUACAAAGAAGAUUCAUUAAAGGUUUAGUUUGAAAAAUAUUUUUAAGUCUGGUCAUUCUGUACAGUGGGGUACUGAGGUGUUUUUAAAUUUGUAAAUAGGUUACUUAUUGUCACGUGAGCAGAGGUACAGUGAAGCUUGGUUUUGCAUGCCUUCCAUACAGAUCAACAUUACACAAGGGAGAGUAAUACUAGAAUGCAUAGUAAAGUGUGGCAGUUACAGAGAAAAUGUGCAGACAGGAUAAUAAGUUGCAGGGGCCGUGACAAGGUGGACGAUGAGGUGAAUCAUACCAGGGAACUGUUCAAUAGCAGGGCCGAAGCUGUACUGUGCUUG